UCUCUCUCUCCUUUCCUGCCCGAUGCUGCUCUCUGCGGUUUAACGGUCUCCCGUCCUCGAGGGCGGUUUGAAUCGGGCGCGCGCCUCCUGUCGUUCCCGCAGUGCGCGCCCUCGCCGCUGCCUGAGCGUGUCCCGCGGUGGGGCCCGGCUGGGCCGGGCCGGGCCAGGCCAAUGGCUGGAGCCGGCUCCCAGGAGGAGGCCAGUCCGGCGGCAGAGGGUGAAGCCGAGGGCGAGGCUUCAGUUUGGGCCUGCGGCGAGUACCGGCUGUUGGUGUGGACGGCAGCCGCCGUGUUACUGCCCGUCAUACUCACCCUGUGGUGCAGCGUGAGGAGGGCCCGGCGGGAGGAAGCUCUCAGGAGAGGCCCAGGCUUGGGUCUGGGCCUAGGCCUGGGCUCAUGGCCCGGAGCCUCGGUGCACAGUUGGCGCUACACCGACCUGUUCACGCGGCCCACUUACUGCAGCGUGUGCGGCCAGGCCACUCUCCGCGGCUCCUACUGCCCUUGCUGCGGAAUCUGUGUCGAUGACUCCUGCUUGGCCCAGGCCGAGCGGCGGCUCCGCUGUAAGGAGGCGGUGCAGCCGCCCCCGGCCCCGGCCCCGGCCCAGGCCCAGCCCGAGGCCCCGGCCCCGGCCCCCGCCCACCAGUGGGUCCGCGGGAACCUGCCGAUCUGUAACUCGUGCUCGGUGUGCGGCGCGCAGUGCGGCUGCCAGCCGCGGCUGUGUGAUUGCCGGUGUGUGUGGUGCCAGCGGGUGGCCCAUGAUGACUGUGUGGGGCAGCUCGCUGCUGCCUGUGACCUGGGCCCGCUCCGCCGCGCCAUCAUCCCCCCGCGGUAUCUCUACAUGGCCCAGCGGCGGAGGCGGCAGCGGCGGCCGGCCCCCGGGGAGCAGCUCAGCCAGUUCUCCUAUAUGUGCCCAGAAAACUGGAGCCCAAUUCUGGUCCUGGCGAAUGCUCGCAGUGGAAACAACAUGGCUCAGCAUCUGAUGGGAGAAUUUCAAACACUCCUUAAUCCCAUUCAGGUUGUUGAUCUUGAUUCCACGACUCCGUACAAAGCUCUGCAGUUGUGUACACUUCUACCGAGCCACAAAACGAGAGUGCUGGUUUGUGGGGGAGAUGGGACAGUGGGCUGGGUGCUGGACGCCAUUGAUGACAUGAAGUAUAAGGGACAGGAGCAGUACAUUCCAUAUGUUGCUGUUCUCCCUCUGGGAACUGGCAAUGAUUUGUCAAACACUCUCGGCUGGGGAGCUGGAUACACCGGUGACAUCACAACCGAAGAGAUUCUUCAGAGUGUUCUAGACGGGGAGGUAACCAGAUUAGAUCGAUGGAGUGUGCGGGUGACAAAGGGAUUUUACAGCUUCCAUAGGCCCAAGAUUUACACCAUGAACAAUUAUUUCUCCAUUGGACCAGAUGCGCUUAUGGCGCUGAACUUCCAUGAGUGCAGGCAGCAAAGCCCUUUCCUUUUCUCCAAUCGGAUUAUUAAUAAGGCUGUUUAUUUCUUCUAUGGGACCAGAGACUGUUUAGUUCAAGCUUGCAAGGACCUGGAUCAGAAGAUUGAGUUGGAGCUGGAUGGGGAAAGAAUUGCAUUGCCGAAACUGGAGGGGAUUAUCGUUCUCAACAUUGCUUACUGGGGAGGGGGCUGUCGGCUUUGGGAAGGCACAGGGGACAAACCUUAUCCCCCUGCCAGUCAUAGUGACGGGCUGUUGGAAGUAGUUGGUGUCUAUGGCUCAUUCCAUUGUGCUCAGAUCCACGUGAAACUGGCCAACCCAGUACGCCUGGGCCAAGCCUACACUGUCAGACUGAUUCUGAAGAACUCGGUGAUGCCCAUGCAGGUUGAUGGAGAACCCUGGGUUCAGGGACCAUGUUCUGUUGUCAUCACUCACAAAACCCAAGCUCUGAUGAUCUCACCAUCAAAACGACAACCAGAGGAGGAUGUCCAGGGUGCAUCAGCACAAGGCACAGUGGAAAGCUGACACCGACAUUCAGAAUGGUACAGAGGCAAUCCUGUCCAAACUGCCUCCCAACAGGGAAAGAUGCACUUUACCAGAGUAACGUUACUCCCUCUCCGCUUGAAUGGUGAUUAGUAGCCGAGAAACAUCAGAUACUGUGAUUCAUGAGAGCUGGAGGGAGGGAGUGUGAGCACUGGGGCUGGGAAAGCCCCUGAUCCUUGGGACUGGGGCAACACGAUUCCUUUGUGGGAUAGGGGAAGUUGAUCCAUGCAGGACAUUGGAGGGACAACAGGAAUCAGAUGGGGAAGGAUUUCUGCAAGUAAUUUGAGUUCUUUUGUAGAGAGAGCUUUACUCUGAAUUUAACCCCAUGCUGUCCCUGUCCUGGAAUUGUUUGAUGAGGACAGGGUCAGGAUUAAAGUGUGUUAUCUUCCCAAGUACGACAUUUACCAAAGGCAGCAUAAUAUUCCUGUCUGCUCUCCACCACGGUCUUGUUUAGUUGAUGCAGCUCCCCCACGAGUGAUUUCCAGCAGAUCGAGUGAGUUGGUUUAAUUUUCACUGUCCCUCCCCUAGACCGCCUUUCUGUUUUUGGAAGUUGUUAUUUCUGGAUCUUUGAUGUUGUUUACAGUAUAUUUUUUGUCUUGCUGUGUUUGCACAGAUUCUGGACCUAAUUGAGUCUUUGCACUGUGGCUGUUUACUGUGGUCAUUGUUACUGCUUCAUCCAUAUUCAUACUGCCGGGGUCUGGACUGCACUGCUGAUAGCUGACACUGAGUUGCAGGUCGACGCUGACUAAAGACCGGUUAACAUUUCUGUAUUGCAUAACCAAAUGAAAAGUCCCAACCUGCUUCCCAGGAGCUGUUCUCAAACACAAUUUGACCCCGAGCCACAUCAGGAGAUAUUAAAACAGGUCUCACAGCCUUGAUAUAAAGACAGAGAGAGAUUUUAAACGCCUAAGAGGUGACUCCGGGUCAAGUUGAGCUCGAGCUUUGUUUGUGACCUUCAUGAAAGUGCAGAACCGAGAGGCACCAGGGUCCAGGUUCUGCUACACCCCGGCCUUCACAGCCCCUCAUCAGUGGGGGUCAGGAACUGAGGCUGCCCCUGGGGAUUAGGGGAAUGGAGCAGGGGGUGAUGUUUGGGCUAUACUGAGCUGUUGUUAACCCCAGUUCCAUCCUGAUAACGAUGGGACUGAUGCUGCUCUCAAACCAAAUUCUGUCUCCUUUCCUGAUUCCGAACAUUGUUUCCACGUCACAUUUUUAUCCUCCGCUGCUUCUGGGAGGUGUAAUGUCAAGUGUUCUCAUUCCAUCUGUUGUAAUUUGUGUAAAUGGGGAGGGAAGAUUAAUGUCCUGAUUGUGGUCAAACUUUGUGACAUCAAUAAUGUGAAAUAAAUUUGGGACUAGCUCUGAAA